AGAUAUUACAUACAGCAUUUCCUUGGAAGCUGUGACAACCCUCAUCGUCUUCCUGUCCUGCCAAUUAUUUCACAAAGAGAUUCGACGGGAGAGCAUCAUUCACAAAUACCUGAUGCAUGGGCGAUGUCUCCCGUAUACCAGCAGGCUUGUGAAAACUUUACUAUAUAAUUUCAUUCGACAAGAAAGAAGCCCUCCGCCAGGGACCCAUAUCUUUCAGCAGCAAACGGAUGGAGGAGGACUACUUUAUGGAAUUGCAGCUGGGGUGGCAACUGGCCUGUGGACAGUCUUCACGCUAGGUAGAGUGGGGAAUAAACCAUCACCGCAGCUGGAGCAUUGCUCCCCUCUAGCUAACCAGAGUCUGCUGCUUCUCCUGGUCCUGGCUAAUCUGACCGAUGCUCCAGACACACCGAAUCCCUACAGGCAAGCUAUUAUGUCCUUCAAGAACACACAAGACAGCACCGCUUUUUCCUCAUCAAAUCCGCAUGCUUUCCAGAUUAAUUUUAACAGCUUAUACACAGCCUUGUGUGAGCAGCAGAAAUCUGACCAAGCGACUCUCCUUUUGUACAUGCUUCUGCAUCAAAACACCAACGUACGGACAUAUGUGUUGGCACGAACGGACAUAGAAAAUCUUGUUCUGCCAAUUCUUGAAAUUCUGUAUCACGUUGAAGAGAGGAAUUCGCACCACGUUUACAUGGCUCUUAUCAUUUUGCUGAUCCUUACGGAGGACGAUGGCUUCAACAGAUCCAUUCAUGAAGUGGUGAGUCGUUGUUCAGCUCUCAGAAUUCUUCAGCUUUAA